AUGGAGUCCAGGGGGAAGUCGGCCAGCAGCCCCAAGCCAGACACCAAGGCCCCCCAGGCCCCGGCUGAACCCAAAGGUCCCCCGGCUGCCGAUGGGAAAACCUCUGGGGCCACAUCUGCUAAACCCGGGAAGAAGGAGACCCCUGCGGAAAAGCAGGAGCAGCCGGCAGCCCCCACUCCAGCACCUACCAAGAAGACCCCGGCCAAGGCCGACCCCGCCCUCCUCAACAACCACAGCAACCUGAAGCCAGCCCCUUCGGCCCCUGCAGCCCCCAGCAGUCCUGAUGCAACCACGGAGCCCAAGGGUCCUGGGGACGGCGCUGAGGAGGACGAAGCUGGCAUCAGGAGCUCAGGGGGCCGAGGCCCCUGGCCCUUGGAGAACUUGACACCGCUGCUAGUGGCUGGGGGUGUAGCUGUGGCUGCUGUGGCCCUAGUUCUUGGUGUGGCCUUCCUGGCCAGGAAAAAAUGA